GUGAAGUGUGAUGCUCAUUCUUCCAUUCCCACUGUUAGAUCUGACAUCAAUAACACUUCCUUCUUUUCAAAGCUGCUCAUCAUCUUCUUCCUUUUUUUUCCAACUAAAUAUUUACAAGUAUAUUAUCUACUCUUUCCUCCGAUCUUUAGAUAGAAGCUCUGAUCACCUAAUGACAAAUAUUACACUAUAGUCAGUAUGUAUUAAUGUAUUAUUAGUAUACCCUUUUUUUAAAAAAAUAAGAUUUAUUUAUUCAAAGUGUAUUAUUAAUUUCUUUAUAUCCUUACAUCUUGGAUCUUUCUACCAUAUACACCCAAUACCUUAUAAUAUGUAGCUAGCUAGUAUUAUUUUUUAUUAUUAGCUCAUCAAAUUAGCUUCCUUUCUUCUUCAUUAAUUUAUUGGGUCUUGUGAAAGUUCAUUUUUUUAGCUCCCCAAUGUAUUGACCUUAAGCUUUUAAUCACUUCUACUUAGUUUAAUUCAAUUUUAAGCAUUGUUUAAGCUUUAGGUAAUCUAUAUUAUUAUCAAGUGAGAUGAGCUAAGCUAGUGUAUUACAUAUAUGUUCCUCUCCCAUAUUAUACAUACACAUAUAUUAAGGAGGAAUAAACCCUUUUUUUUUUUUUUUUUUUUUUUGCUCACCUCAUUUUUUUUGGUAAAAUUUUGAGGAAUUUUGGAAAUAAGUAAAGGCAAAUUGAAGAAGAUGAAGUUAAGUAGGAUGUUGGAUUCACUUUGUCUUGCUUUUGAUUCAAAGACAUGUUUUUGUAUCAACUCUGUUGAAGCUCAUGAAGAUGAUGAAGAGUUUGAACAAGAAAGGAAACCUCUAUUUGAAGGCCAAAAGAAGCAAGUUUUAACUCUUAAAGAUGCUAUUUCUGGUACUCAAAGCUUGGCUUUGCUCAUGAAACCUAAGACAGUGGUACUGAAGGUGUCAAUGCAUUGCAAUGGUUGUGCAAAGAAAGUGGAGAAACAUAUCUCAAAAAUAGAUGGAGUGAUGUCUUACAAAGUAGACUUGGAAAGCAAGAUGGUGGUGGUAAUUGGUGAUAUCCUCCCUUUUGAGGUAUUGGAGAGUAUUUCCAAGGUUAAAAAUGCCCAACUUUGGACUUUUGGCAUCUAAUCAUAACCACACAAUUAAGAGCAAGGAUCACAAACAAGAGGAGAAGGAUUAUGAAGAAGAUCAAAGCAUAUUGUACAUUUGAUAUUUUUGUGACCCUUGGUUAAUUAAGCUAUAUUACUACUUAAUUAUGGCAUAUAUAGUAUGAUUUGUAUAUCGAUCGAUAUGCCAAAAACUAAUGCAUCCAUCUUAAUUUCUCGUGAUGCUUAAUAGAGUAAUUUGCAAGGGAUAUUGCAUUUUGAAGAAACCUUGCAAAUUCUUAGUAGGAAAAAAAAUAUAUAAUAUAAUAUAUAUAUUCCAAUGUAUCAUUUUUAUAUGUAUUGGUUAUUAAAUUAGUA